UCAACAUUUUCCUUAUUUUCCUUCUGUAAGCCCAAGUAGACCUUGACAAACUAGACACUCUUUCCUUUCCAUCCCCGUGAACACUCGUCUUUCAUCUCGUGAUCUCUUUGUCAGCCUUCAAAAUGUCUGGUCUUCCUCCUGUCUACAUCGUCUCGGCGGCCCGAACCCCCGUCGGUUCCUUCCUUGGAUCCCUUUCCAGCCUCAGCGCCACUCAGCUUGGUUCUACCGCGAUCAAGGGUAUGUUCGGCGAGUUGAACCACAACCUCCAGCUUUGCUUACAACCCCUCUUACAGCCGCCGUUGAGCGUGUCCCUGAGAUCAAGCCUGAGGAUGUCGAGGAAGUCUUCUUCGGCAAUGUUCUCUCCGCCAAGUGAGUUAGAAUCCACCAUCCCCCCAAAAGCCCCUUUGCUGCUCAAUGAUGCUCACGCCUCCUGCCUCAGCCUGGGUCAGGCCCCUGCCCGACAGUGCGCAAUCGGCGCUGGUCUGAAGGACACCGUUGUUUGCACCGGAGUCAACAAGGUCUGCGCCUCCGGCACCAAGGCUAUUAUCCUCGGUGCCCAGACCAUCAUCACUGGCAACGCCGAUAUCGUUGUCGCUGGUGGUACCGAGUCCAUGUCCAACGUUCCUCACUACCUCCCCCAGCUGCGAAACGGUGCCAAGUACGGCGAUCAGACCAUUGUCGACGGUGUGCUGAAGGACGGUCUGACCGAUGCCUACAAGAACAAGGAACACAUGGGUCUCGCUGCUGAGCUCUGCUCACAAGACCACGGCAUCGACCGUGAGGCCCAAGACGCCUAUGCUAUUGCGACAUACAAGCGUGCCCAGAAGGCUACUGAGGACGGUGUCUUCGACACCGAGAUCGUCCCGGUCGAGGUCAGCGGUGGCCGGGGAAAGCCCGCCAUCAAGAUCACCAAGGACGAGGAGGCCACCAAGUUGAACGAGGACAAGCUCAAGAGCGUUCGCCCCGUCUUCAAGCCCCAGGGUGGUACUGUGACGGCCGCCAACGCGGCGCCUCUGAACGAUGGCGCCGCCGCUGUUGUGCUCAUGUCCGAAAAGAAGGUCAAGGAGCUUGGCAUCAAGCCGAUCGCCAAGAUCCUUGGUUGGGGCGACGCUGCUCGUGAGCCUGAGCGCUUCACCACCGCUCCUGCCCUUGCUAUCCCCAAGGCUAUCAAGCACGCCGGCAUUACUGACAAGGAUGUCGACUUCUACGAGAUCAACGAGGCCUUCUCCGUCGUUGCCCUCGCCAACAUGAAGAUCCUGAACCUGUCCCCUGACGUCGUCAACGUUUUCGGUGGAGCCGUCGCUAUUGGACACCCUCUCGGCUGUUCUGGAGCCCGUAUCGUUGCUACAUUGACUACUGUCCUGCGUGAGAAGAAGGCUAAGAUUGGUGUCGCUGCUAUUUGCAACGGUGGCGGUGGUGCGAGCGCCAUCGUCAUUGAGAACCUGCAAUAGAUGCAUGGUAGCGAGUCGAGAAUAUAAGCGUGGGAACUGAGACAGCCGACGGAAAGAUAUACUACACAGACGGCACAGAAUCGCGCGAGCAGCUCACUGUUCCGCGGGGUUUGUACGGAAAUUAGAGGUUAUAAGAGACCAUAUGUGCACAUGACCUACCCUACUCGAAAAGGGGAGUAGAUAAUAAUGAAUGAAAGCACGAGAGCUGAUGAGAUCAAGUCAAGUCAGUGUCUAAUACUCGAAUGUGCAAAACGGAUUAUCCCAUG